GAUAUCACACCUAUGAUACCAGUAUUUGACACUUUGCUAUACAUUAUUCAGGCACCAUAGAAGUUUGGCCAACCUGCGGGGUAGAGAUCUACGAAUAAAAAGCUCAAAGCAAUGCCCAAAAAGGGUUCCGCGAAGAACAAGGAGGUCCCAACCCGAGAGCGAUACUCACCACCACCGCCACCGUCAUGGCCACCCCUUGCUCCGGUAAUCCCGUCCGAGGACCUAACAGUGGAAACGAUCCUGCCCACGCAAAUCUUUACUAUACCCAAAUUCUUCACAGCAACACUCUGCAAAACCUACCUCAACUUCGCUUCCCAAUCCCUAGAUCUGACCACAACACCCGGAAAUCCAAAGCGUGGUGAAGCAGUGCGUGUGAAUGACCGUAUCUCAAUAUACGACCUGGGCUUUGCGGAGCGUUUGUGGAAUGAAACGGGAUUGAAGGACCUGGUGGCACGGGAGGCUGGUGAGGAUGGGCGGCAGGAAUUGUGGGGUGGGGAGGUCGUAGGGCUUAGCCCAAAUAUCAGGGUUUAUAGAUACUCUAAAGGCCAGUUCUUUGAUAAACACUAUGAUGAUACAGCCUCGUUCUCAGUCGGCGAUCCGCAGGUGAGAGUUCAGACCACAUGGACACUGUUAAUAUACCUCACUGGAAAGAGUGACGGAGUUCGAGGAGGAGAAACGGUGGUGGUAACGGAAGAUGCCGGUGUUGGAAAGUGGGUAUUGAGGUCGGAUUUGAUAGUCAGGCGAUAAUACCGGUAUUCUCGGAUGAUAUAUGACGCCCGCAAGGCGUUUUCGCAGUUGAACAUUGAGACCAGAAAUUUAUUUCUUCUGCUUUAUUACGAUACCAGAUUUUUUUCCCAUCACACAAUAACGCCCCUCAAAUAAACUUCAAGCUUAUAGAGAAUAAACGCUACGUCUGAUUGGCCCAGUAAA